AUGGGUAAACGGUGUAAGAAGCAACACAAGGGCAUGGGCCACAACCGAUCUCUGAAAAGAGGUGUACGAGAUUUAAAACACAGGGCCAAGGAUAUUGAUCAAAUUUAUGACUCCCUUUUCAAGAUUCGAUCACCUGACAAUCGCACUCAAGAUUCUUCUUGUGAAUCUGAUAACAAGAAAUCUCUCUACUGUCAAUUUUGUGACCGGUAUUUUAUGGAUCAGAACUCCCUCAUAUCUCAUUCAAAGCAGAAAUCUCAUAAACGCAGAAUAAAAUCCAUAAAAAACUAUAUUCCGUACGAUGGUUAACUAAAGAAUAAGCACAAUAUAAAUUUAAUUUAUUAUAUUCCCAAUACAUUACUGAUUGAACCAUUGUCGAUAUUGGCAAGAACGAACGGAACAUUAAGUUUUAAAUUUAAAUUAUUUGGUUAUAUUGUAUAAAAA